GCCACUGAUCCUGCGGUAAAGAUGGCGGCGGCGGAGGGGGCGCGCAGCGGCUGGAGCAGAACGGAACGACCCCAGACGGGUUCGUUUUAAGAGAAACGGUGCUGGGGGGCAGGAGAAUCCUACAUUCCCGCUUAACAGAGCCGCUUAUCCGGUUUAGUAGAAUUGAACGCUUAGACAGAGUGUUGUUGGGUGUUAGGUGUUGGGUGGGUUCUAUCGCUCUCUCCCAUACACACACACACACACACAUAGAUUGCUAACUAGCUAAGCUAACAGAGCUCGGUCCGGUCCGGUAGAGGAGAGGAGAGGGAAGAGGAGGGGUGACCAAGAAAGGGAAGACAAUCAUCUCUUGAAGAACAGGCCGUCGUCCCGCGGUUCGUUCGUUCGUUGUGGGAUGUGAGCGGUCCAAACGGACGGCGGGUCUUUCCACAGAUCUGUGUUAUUUUCCCACCCAGAACACUCGCAGGAUGGGACAACAGGUAGGCCGCGUGGGAGAAGGGGCUUCCGCUGGGAUUCAGACCCCACCGCAGGGGCAACAGCAGCCGAGCAGAUCGAACCGGGCCAGCAGCUCCGGGAGGAGACCCCGAGACAGCAACAUCACAGGGACGCCACCGGGCAGAACUGCCGCCGCUGCAGCGAACAUCAUGCCGGAUCCAGGGAUCAAUGUUUUCACCCUGCACUCAGAGGCCCUGCACAGGCCGUUUGGACUGGACUCGACGGCACUGACUGAAGCGGUGCGCUGGAGCUCCAAGGAGAAUCUGUUGGGCGCUGCAGAGAGUGACCCGAACCUCUUCGUUGCUCUUUACGACUUUGUUGCCAGUGGUGACAACACGCUGAGCAUCACGAAAGGAGAGAAGCUGCGAGUGUUGGGGUACAACCAAAAUGGAGAGUGGAGUGAGGUCCGUUCGAAGAACGGCCAGGGUUGGGUACCCAGUAACUACAUCACCCCCGUGAACAGUCUGGAGAAGCACAGCUGGUAUCAUGGGCCCGUGUCCCGCAGCGCCGCUGAGUACCUGCUCAGCAGCCUGAUCAACGGCAGCUUCCUGGUGAGGGAGAGCGAGAGCAGUCCUGGCCAGCUCUCCAUCUCGCUUCGCUACGAGGGACGGGUCUAUCACUACCGGAUCAACACCGCCUCUGACGGAAAGGUCUACGUAACAGCUGAGAGUCGUUUUAGCACGUUAGCUGAGCUGGUUCAUCAUCAUUCCACAGUGGCGGAUGGUCUGGUGACCACUCUACACUAUCCCGCUCCAAAAUGCAACAAGCCAACCGUCUACGGCGUCUCUCCCAUCCACGACAAGUGGGAGAUGGAGCGCACCGACAUCACAAUGAAACACAAAUUGGGUGGUGGCCAAUACGGAGAGGUGUACGUCGGUGUUUGGAAAAAGUACAACCUCACUGUAGCUGUAAAAACACUAAAGGAGGACACCAUGGAAGUUGAGGAGUUUUUGAAGGAGGCUUCAGUCAUGAAGGAAGUGAAACAUCCAAAUCUAGUACAGUUACUGGGUGUGUGUACACUGGAGCCUCCAUUCUACAUAGUGACGGAGUACAUGCCCCACGGGAACCUGCUGGACUACCUGCGUGAGUGUGACAGAGAACAGGUGAACGCUGUGGUGCUGCUCUACAUGGCCACUCAGAUCUCCUCCGCCAUGGAGUAUCUGGAGAAGAAGAACUUCAUCCACAGGGACUUGGCAGCUCGUAAUUGUCUGGUUGGAGAGAAUCACGUGGUCAAGGUGGCCGAUUUCGGACUGAGCCGUCUGAUGACAGGCGACACUUACACUGCUCAUGCAGGUGCCAAAUUCCCCAUCAAAUGGACAGCACCAGAGAGUCUGGCCUACAACACUUUCUCCAUCAAAUCAGAUGUGUGGGCAUUUGGAGUUUUGCUUUGGGAGAUUGCGACGUACGGCAUGUCUCCAUACCCAGGAAUCGACCUGUCUCAGGUGUACGACCUGCUGGAGAAGGGCUACCGCAUGGAGCAGCCCGAGGGCUGUCCCCCUAAAGUUUACGAGCUCAUGAGAGCCUGUUGGCAGUGGAGUCCACUGGAUAGACCCUCAUUUGCUGAGAUUCACCAGGCUUUUGAGACCAUGUUCCAUGACUCAAGCAUCUCAGAAGAGGUAGCCGAAGAACUGUGUAAAACCGCAUCUGGUGGGCAAUGUGGGCUCGCACACGCCUUCGGCCACGAUAUGCCACUCUUGCCCUCAAAGUCUCGUUGCCCGAAGAAACACUCUGAGAACAAAGAGAAUAUGGAAGACGCAGGACCCCAUGGCCCUGCAGGUCUUGCAGCAUCCCUUUUUGUCGGUGAUGGACGCUUCAGCAGCUCUCCGGCCCUUCCACGCAAACAGAGGGAUAAGUCUCCCUCUAGCCUGCUGGAGGACUCCCAGGACACCACCUUCACCCGUGACCGCAAAGCUGGCUUCUUCAGUUCUUUCAUGAAGAAGAAGUCCAUGUCCUCAUCUUCUACUUCAUCCUCACCUCAGCAGCAGCAGAAUCUCCCAAUGCCACCCAAGAGGAGCAGCUCUUUCCGGGAGAUGGAGACCCAGCCCCAUAAAAAGUAUGAGCCCACGGCUGGGUUUGCAGGCCCUCCUCCUUUGCCCCAAUCUGAUGGGUUGAGUUUCUCUCCAUCUCAUGGUGAGGGGAACCACGUGCAGUCCCGCUGUUGCGGGGCCGCGUUCGGGCAGAAGCCCUCGUGUUCGAACUCUGGAGCGACCUCUGGUCAAGUGGGAGGCAGCAGUAGCUGGGGAAGCCUAGCGGGCUUCUUCACCCCUCGCCUUAUCAAAAAGACCUUGGGAUUGCGGACUGGUAAGCCUUCUGGGAUAGACGAAGGGAGUGGAACCAAGCCGUUCCCUCGUUCCAAUUCAACUUCCUCUAUGUCUGCUGGGUUGCCAGACUUAGAGCGCAUGGCAUUGACAUUACCAAGAAACCGUAGCAAACCCCCACUAGAGCGCACAGCUUCCACCACCUCACAGCCAGAAAACGGGGCAGCGCGACCUUCGGACGCAAUCCUGAGGAAGCUUGACGAAGGUACGGCUCAGAUACGGGAUCGUCCCAAAGCCAAACUCUUGCCACGAGGGGUGGCAGGUGGAGUUAGGGCACCAGGUGUAGGGGGAGAGACGGAUUCGGACUCCAAUGCACGGGGGAAAGAUGGGCAAGACGACAGGCAAGGUUGGUCGUCUCCAUCGAAAACCUCCACUCUUGGUUCAGUCAAUCUGCACAACCACAAAGUCCCGGUUCUGAUCUCUCCGACCCUAAAGCACAGCUCGGCCGACGGCCUAGUUGGCGUGGACUCUCAGGGCAACCGCUUCAAACUGCUGUCUGACAGUGGGGAUCGUGACCGACCACGACUGGUAAAGCCGAAAUGUGCACCUCCUCCACCGCCCAUGCUCCGCUCCCUCCAACACACCUACAGUGCCGAUGCAGCCGACGAAGCAGUCAGUGGGAACGUGGAGGUCAAUGGUGAUGGCCUCAAAAGGUCAGGGAGAGAAGCCAGAGGGGCGCGUCCAUCCAUACCACCACCGCAAGUGCCUCCAGCUCACACAGUCCCCACUAGCAACACCCAGACUAAGUUGGCCAAUGGUUCUUCCAGUGGCGGACCUGGCCCUACUUCUGCUAAACCCACCCUUAGAAGGACUCGGCAGCAGACAGAACGGAUCCCCCUGGAGAAGAUCAGCAAGGAGGCUCUUUUGGAAUGUGCUGAAUGCUUGAGUAGCGCUCUUCAAGGCAACAGUGAGCUUUCUUCCAGCAGCCAGGUGUUGGAUGUGGGACACCAACUUUUGGACUACUGCUCGGGGUAUGUCGACUGCAUCCCACAGACGCGUAAUAAGUUUGCCUUUCGCGAGGCUGUGGGUAAACUGGAGUUGAGUCUACAGGAGCUGCGUGCUUCCUCUGCGGGACUAGGGGCACCUGGGACCAGCCCGGCUCUUGACAACUUGCACACGUGCAUUAAAGAGAUCAGUGAUGUAGUGCAAAGGUAGCCACUGUGUCUGCUACACCUUCCAAAACUCCUCCUCCUGUACCCCUUGAAACUUUUUUUGCCCCAGAAUCAAUCUAGUUUUAUUUAAAUUUUGGGGGACAGAGAUUAUUCUCAAAAAAGUACCUCAGAAAAUGAAUACAAACAUACACACACUCUCUCUCUCUCUAUCUUUAUUGUUUACAGGUAACUUUCUCAUUGAAAUUGCCAGUUGGGAACAGAGUUCUUUGUAUAUAAGCUUUUUGUCAAUACCAGAAUACACAUGGUUUUGAUUUUGACAAAUUAACUUUGUAAUUAAUAUUUACAGCUUUAUCUUGGUAUGACACAAACGGACAGGGGUUGCACAGGUUAAGGUGAGCCGACUACACGCUGACUGGUCCACUUUUGUAUUUAGAUCAACUUUUUUGGUUCUUUAAUUUGCAUUUGAUUCACAGUAACUGGAUAUUGCAUCAGAAUGUCAGUGCAAACUUGGAAAUGCCAUUUAAAACGUGAAUCAAUUUUGCUUCUUCAGAACAUAAAGUAGUAAUGAAUGUGGAUUGCGAACACAGACAAGCUCUAUACACAUUUGUUCUGUCUCAUUUUACACACUUACAUACUGUCAUUUUUAAUUUGUCCCCAUUUGUUAAACACUACAGCAUCUGAUGACCAUUGAUGAUUUUGUAAUUAGCCUUUAUUUCUAUAUGGUCCAUGCAUUGUAGUUAGUAGUGGUUUGCUGUGGCAUAGUUGAAAUGGUGUUGGAUCUGUCACCACAUGGAUCAUGUUUGGCCUUUUAUAUCUGUGGCCUUUAGAUAAUUCCCCCAUUAGCAAGAUGGCACAGAACUGCAUUCUAUAUUCUACAUUUUAUAGAUUUGCAAUGGGGAAAUUAUUUGAUGUGUGGAUAGUCUGGAUUUAUUUUAUGAUGACUACGUCAUAUUGCCAAAACAGAAGCAGCAACACUACAAAUACAAGUAUUGCCAAGUCUUUUAACACAAACUGCAUUUUCUUUAGCACAUUGAUUUGUAAUUUUAUUUCCAUUUCACUUUAGAAUGUCGCCAUUUGUAAACUUGAAUUUUAAGUUAUUUUCUAUUAAAAGCACAGGCAUUUUUAUGAUAUUGUAGAUAUUGCUUAUUAUUUUAUACCCACAAACAGGCGUGAAAGGUCAUACUGACUUGUGUCCUUGUGGUGAGGUUUUGGUGUGAGGGUCUCGGUCUCCAUCUGUGCAUCUACAUUAUGAAUGUAUUCAUUUGUUAGAAACAGGAAUGUUGUGUGUGUGUGUGUGUGUGUGUUGCAUAGUCUCCCUUCACAUCAUUUAAAAGAAGCAUUUUCUUCAGGACACAAACGGUUUCAUGUGAGUCUGUAUACAUGAAAUGAUAGAUUUAUAUUAGAAUUUGCAUAAAUGAGAUUUUUGUGGGUACCCUGCAAUGUCAUAAAUAAAAUGUAAUGAAGCUGAUUUGUACCGAUUACACUGGAGCACACUUUUAAAAUAUAAAUGUUAAUUGCCUUGCCAUAAUUCAUCAUCUGGUGUAUGUAAUAUAGAUGAGAUUGUUUUGCCAUGACAUUUCAGUUCCUCUGCAGCAGAAAUACAUACCGGUUGUUUGUUCAGAACAGUUUUUGUUACUCUAGAUCACAGCAUAAUUUGCCUACACUAACUCUGCUUGUUUUGCCAUUUUUUUCCCUGCCAUGCUGGGCAAUGUUUCCUGAUAUUACAUGGUGCCUUUUGUGAGAGAUUUAAUGUUUUGUGCACUGCAAGGUCAUGUUAAAGAUAUGUUUAUGUAAAUAUAUUUUGCUCUCAAAUAUUCAAAAUCAACUUUAAGGUGGCAAAUGGAAAUUUUGAAGCCUUUAUUAUCAUUCGAGCUACCUUGCUUAGACGAUGUGAGGUGUCCAACUUGAAUAGGAAAAAGUGCAAUGAUCUGUCCUUUAAUAAGAAAAAGAUGGUGCUUGAAGUCUGGUCUUAUGUUACUGAGAGAGCUCAUCAAUUUCUUUUGCUUUGUCAGGAAUGCCUCUCUUGUAAUCACAGAAAAUAUUUUUCAUGUGUGAUUUAGCAGUUCUCUUUCAAACACAUGCAGGUUGUCUAUUCCAUUUAUUAUGUCUGAAAAUGUUUCAUUACCAAACAACUGAGGGGGGAAAAGAGUGACUGUUUCGUAUGUCUGUUUUACACGAUUGUCAGGGAGCGUUUUGCCUUUUAAACAUUUUAAAGUAAAACAGCUGGUUGUUUUUCUUUCAUUGCCACUUAUCACCGCAAUUUGUAUUUUAACUUUUUUUUCCCCAUUGCUAUAAUCAGUCAAUUUUAUUUUAGUAAAUUGCCAAACCUCUGAAAGUUUGUACAUUAAAUAAUAUUUGAUUGUAUCAUGUAUUUAGGAACAAUUCAGAGAGAACUAUCUUGUCCCAAUAGUUUAUGCUUUAUGAGCCACACACCCGUUUGUCUCACAAAUAUAAUCAUCAGAAUUGAAUUUUUUUUCAGUUUAAUUUUAAUUACCCAAGAUUGUGCAUUUUUUUUUUUAUUUUACAUUUUUGUUUGUCACUUUUAUUUAUUUUUGGUUUAUUUAUUGAGCUACUUUUUAUGUUGAAUCCUGGAACUCGCAUUCUUUGGAGACAUUUUGUAAGGUCAGAUUUUAAGUGCUGAAGAAAUUUAUAUACCAAAGGCCACCUCUCUAGUCCUUCAAGUGCAAUGAAAAUAAAACACUCUUAAUUUUGAAUAUGUGAAUUUAACAGGGAUUAAUAAGGCAGAGGUUGACAGAUCAACAGUAUUUUUUUCUGUUUUGUAAAAAGUAUAUUUUGUGUGAUUCUAAUUUAAAGCUCACUUUUAAUAGUAUAUUACUGUGAAGUCCUUCCUCAGUGUUACACUUGAUGUAAAUAAUGAAUAAAGAAACUGUUGAAACAUUG